AUGUAUACCCAUGUACUCCCAGUAUACCCUGUAUACCCAUGUAUACCCCAGUAUACCCAUGUAUACCCAUGUACCCCAGUAUACCCUGUAUACCCCCAUGUAUACCCAUGUAUACCCAUGUAUGCCCAUGUAUACCCAUGUAUACCCUGUAUACCCUGUAUACCCUGUAUACCCUGUAUACCCCCAUGUAUACCCUGUAUACCCACCCUGUAUACCCUGUAUACCCUGUAUACCCUGUAUACCCUGUAUACCCAUGUAUACCCAUGUAUACCCAUGUAUACUCCCAUGUAUACCCUGUAUGCCUGUAUACCCUGUAUACCCUGUAUACCCCUGUAUACCCUGUAUACCCAUGUAUACCCAUGUACCCUGUAUACCCUGUAUACCCUGUACCCUGUAUACCCAUGUAUACCCAUGUAUAUGUACCCCAGUAUACCCAUGUAUACCCUGUAUACCCAUGUAUACCCAUGUAUACCCUGUAUGUACCCCAUGUACCCUGUAUACCCAUGUAUGCCCCAUGUAUACCCUGUAUACCCUGUAUACCCAUGUAUACCCUGUAUACCCAUGUAUGCCCAGUGUAUACCCUGUAUACCCAUGUAUACCCCUGUAUACCCAUGUAUACCCAUGUAUACCCAUGUAUACCCUGUAUACCCUGUAUACCCUGUAUACCCUGUAUACCCAUGUAUACCCUGUAUACCCAUGUAUACCCCUGUAUACCCUGUAUACCCAUGUAUACCCUGUAUACCCUGUAUACCCAUGUAUACCCCAGUAUACCCUGUAUACCUUGUAUACCCUGUAUACCCUGUAUACCCAUAUAUGUACCCCCAUACCCUGUAUACCCUGUAUACCCUGUAUACCCUACCCAGUAUACCCUGUAUACCCUGUAUACCCUGUAUACCCAUGUAUACCCUUGUAUACCCAUGUAUACCCAUGUAUACCCAUGUAUACCCAUGUAUACCUUGUAUACCCUGUAUACCCUGUAUACCCUGUAUACCCAUAUACCCAUGUAUACCCAGUAUACCCUGUAUACCCUGUAUACCCUGUAUACCCAUGUAUACCCAUGUAUACCUUGUAUACCCUGUAUACCCUGUAUACCCAUGUAUACCCAUGUAUACCCUGUAUACCCAGUAUACCCUGUAUACCCUGUAUACCCUGUAUACCCUGUAUACCCAUGUAUACCCUGUACCCUGUAUACCCUGUAUACCCUGUAUAUACCCUGUACCCUAUACCCUGUAUACCCUGUAUACCCAUGUAUAUACCCUGUAUACCCUGUAUGUAUAUACAUGUAUACCCUGUAUACCCAUGUAUAUACCCUGUAUACCCUGUAUACCCUGUAUACCCUGUAUACCCAUGUAUACCCAUGUAUACCCUGUAUACCCAUGUAUACCCUGUAUACCCAUGUAUACCCUGUAUACCCAUGUACCCUGUAUACCCAUGUAUACCCUGUAUACCCAGUAUAUGUAUACCCUGUAUACCCUGUAUACCCUACCCUGUAUACCCUGUAUACCAUGUAUACCCUGUAUACCCUGUAUACCCUGUAUACCCCAUGUAUACCCUGUAUACCUGUAUACCCAUGUAUACCCUGUAUACCCUGUAUACCCUGUAUACCCUGUAUACCCUGUAUACCCUGUAUACCCAUGUAUACCCUGUAUACCCAUGUAUACCCUGUAUACCCCUUGUAUACCCUGUAUACCCUGUAUACCCAUGUAUACCCAUGUAUGUAUACCCUUGUAUACCUCUGUAUACCCUGUAUACCCUGUAUACCUUGUAUACCCUGUAUACCCUGUAUACCCAUGUAUAACUAUGUACUCCCAGUAUACCCUGUAUACCCAUGUAUACCCUGUAUACCCUGCAUACCUUGUAUACCUUGUAUACUCUGUAUACCCUGUAUACCCAUGUAUACCCAUGUACUCCCAGUAUACCCUGUAUACCCUGUAUACCCUGUAUACCCUGUAUACCCAUGUAUACCCUGUAUACCCUGUAUACCCAUGUAUACCCUGUAUACCUAUGUAUACCCGGUAUACCCGGUAUACCCUGUAUACCCUGUAUACCCUGUAUACCCUGUAUACCCCUGUAUACCCAUGUAUACCCUGUUUACCCUGUAUACUCAUGUAUACCCUGUAUACCCAUGUAUACCCUGUAUACCCUGUAUACCUUGUAUACCUUGUAUACCCUGUAUACCCUGUAUACCCCUGUAUACCCAUGUACUCCCAGUAUACCCUGUAUACCCUGUAUACCUUGUAUACCCUGUAUACCCUGUAUACCCUGUAUACCCUGUAUACUCA